UAUAACACGGAACGCGUCGAAAUUUCGAAAAAGACCCUGUAGCGCAUGUUACUCCAAUAUGGUCAGAAUAACAUCUGAAAUAGUUGAGAAUGCGCCACAGUUUACGAAUGCCAUUAAAGAUCGUGAGCUUAACCUCAAAAGUUACAAAUUUCCUGCUAUCGAAAACAUGGGUUGUACAUUGGAUCAAUUCGAUACUAUUGAUCUCUCGGAUAAUGAAAUUAGAAAACUCGAUGGAUUUCCAGUGUUGAAACGUCUAAAAUCGUUAAUACUGACAAACAACAAGAUUGCCCGUAUUGCGGAGGAUUUGGGCCAACAUUUACCGAAUCUCUUGACCCUUAUUCUAACAAGUAAUUACCUCUCCGAUCUCAAAGAUUUGGAUCCUUUAUCAUCAUGUGAGAAAUUAAAUUUUCUUAGUCUUCUUCAUUGUCCUGUAACAAUGCGUGCAAACUAUCGACUGUAUGUAAUCAGCCGUGUCGCAUCUCUUCGCUUUUUAGAUUAUCGUCGUGUCACCCAAGCUGAACGUAAACUAGCUCGAUCAAUGUUUAAACGUCUUCCUGCUUUAUCAAACAGCAUGAAUAAUAUUAAAGCAUCAUAUCAGAAAACUAAUAAUACCGUACGUGUAGAAAAUUCAAAUCCUGCUACUAGUAUUGUAAAAACAUUUAUACCUGGUGCUCCAAUUCAUUCAAAUAAUAAUAAUAAUAAUAAUAAUAAUAAUAAUCAUCUUCUUCCUCCUGGAACUGAACCAACACGAUCUAAUAAUGAACAGAUUCAUCAUGGUGACAGUAAAGAGAACAAUGCUCCCCCCGCUGCUGCUGCUGCUGCUGCUGCUGCUUUAAAUACAUCUAUGGAAAAUGAUGAGAAUGAUUCAAAUAAAUCGGAUACAUUGGUGGUAGUCAAUUCAACGGAUACACCUAUGCCUCCACCUUCGACUCCUGUUACAACAGGAAAUAAACGUCCAAUUGCAUCCAAUCAAGAUCUAUAUGCUAUACAAGAAGCAAUUAAACGAGCUCGAACUAUGGAUGAAGUGGAACGUCUUCAUCAAUUGCUUAGUAGUGGUCAAUUUGCAGGAUUUGCAGCUCAAUGGCAAAAACAAUUAAGGCAACAACAACAACAAAAAUCCACUCAAUGAUCACCACAUGCAUAUAUAUGUGUGUAAAAUAUAGAACAAGAGGAAAGCAUCCCAUUUAAAAGUGCUCUCAAAAUAACUCUUUGUAAAGACUGUACAAUAAAUAAAUAAUAUGUGUAUACAUACUUUUAUAAUUGUUUUAUUAGUAUGGUGCAAUUAUAAUCUAAAGCAAAUAUUUUACUUUCAUAAGAAUAAAUGCACUAGUUAUUAUUAUUA